UCACUAUAAGGAGUAACUUCGGGAGAGGAGUGGGGGUUGAAAGUAGUCCCGCUCCACAAGGACCGGCGUGUGCCAAAAGAGCCUAAUGUUUUAGCCAAUUCUAGCCAAGUUUACGGUAUGUCAAGAAAAUUGGUCUACACAGUGCUUUGCAUCUGUCAAUUAGAAGUUCCUUGGUACCACAUGUGUUAAUGUCAUCGGUUUCAUUUGGUUUUUACCUCAUCACGACUGACUGCCGUUAGCGACCUAUAACCUCCCUUGAUAACUUUUCAACUCAACCUGCAAACCCUCCAUCAAUCCUUUUCUACGUGGAUACUUAAAUCUCAAUUCAAUUUGGUCGAAAAAAAGAAGAUGCCAUCAUUUUAUACAAGAAAGAAAAGGAGGAAGAGCAAACUCGAUGUUAGAACUGGCAACUGGAGGAAACAGAGAAAGAGAGAUGACCGGAGGAAGGCUGCAGGAAAUGUUAAUCUUACUCAUGAAAAUUCUGAUCUGAAACCAUUGCCCAGUACAUCAGGAAUCACAAGCAAUGUUAAAGUGUACAGUCAAUCAAUGUAUGCCAACUCAAAUCAAUCAGAAAUUGAAGUUGAGAAGAAAGAAUCUUCACCAUCUGAUUCAUCUGUUCAGAAAACCCCAAUUCUGCAGGCAUCAACACCGAACAAAUCAAGUUCUCAACCGUCACAGAUUGGGAUCAGAAAGCCAUCAUUUAUGUCAUUGCAUGUAGAAUCUACAUCAGAAUUAGAAUCCGACGUGAAUGAUUUAAUGGAAAAUACUUCUGUGAAUCCAAAUAGUUUACGGUCUCAUACUUCUCUCACCACAGCAGAACUGCUGGCAAAUGUUGCUAAAUUUGGACAGAGUAUUAGUCAAAUAAAUACAAGUCAAUCUAUUGUUCAAAGCAAUUUGAAGUCAUCUCUUUCAACUGGAAAUGUUGAGAAGAAAGUUGUUUUCAGAGAUGAAAAAGAUGAACUUGACACUUUUGAGCCUGGACCAGAACAUAAUUCUUUCGAGUCUAUUACACCACUGCGCUCCAAUAGUGAAAAUCGUUUGGCAGUAACAAGCAGUAGCCCACUAAUUAGUGAUCACCCUGUGCCACAACCAAGAAGCAGUCUGGUACCUAACUUUACCACAGCACCUGGUGGCAUAAGGAAUAUUGGAAACACCUGCUUCAUGGCUUCAACCUUACAGGCUCUACUCCAUUUGAGGGGUUUCAUUGCUAUAUUGAAGCAGCAUACUGAACAUAGUGUUCUUUGCAUGAAAAGUAACUGCUUCGCAUGCUGCAUUUUCCACCUAUUGGACAUUUUAAAAACAGGAGAAACCUUGGACCCAUCUGUUACGUAUCUCAAAUUUUCGAAAUUUCUUCGCGGUUCUGAGUCUUUUUUUGAUGGGGCCCAGCAUGACGCCCAUGAAUUUCUCUGUCAAGUUUUGCAAGUCAUGAACAAUGUAGCUGUAGGGGAGGAAUUCGGUUUUUAUCAAAGAAGUGACAGACGUUGUACAUCGUGCGGCGAAGUUUCUGUUUCUAAUUACACUUUAACAACUCAAAUUCAACUCCAGAUGGAUUCUUCUGUCCAAGCCGCCAUCAAUUCUUUGUUUGCAUGGUCCAGCAUGCAAGUUAAAGUCCUUUGUGAAUCCUGUCACAAACAGUGUGACUUUGACCGAAGAUUUGUUUUGGACAGUGCUCCAAAAACGCUAGUUGUUCAACUCCUUCGAUUCAAAGCAGAUGGAAGUAGAGAUGAUGCCAGCAUCGAAAUAAAUCAGAGGAUAAUGUUCAACAAUCUGCAAUACGAAUUGUGUGGAAUGGUACUGCAUACAGGAGUGACAGCCUCCGCGGGCCAUUACACCGCGAAGGUAGCACAAACAGAUUCUAACAACAAUAAUGUUGCAUGGUUCAAGUGCAAUGAUAGUUUGGUAUCUGUGGACAGCAUGGACUUGAAGAGUCAGACAGAUAAUGCUGCUAAGGCUUACAUCCUGUUUUAUGACUGGUCCUCAAGUUCUGAAUCAGACUUGGAUGAAAGAAAGGAGGAUCACAAUGAACUCAUUCACCAUUCAACUUCUGUUGCAAUUCCUCUUCCAAAAGAAGCUUCAAUUGAAGUCUUCAAUCAACCUGUGUCAGGUGACGGUGACAAUGGCAAUCGCCUGGUAAUUGAUGUUGACAGGAACAGUGCAGAGGAAAUUCCUCUUCCCAAGAGCAAAGCAUCAAAGCAACCACUAAAAACUGAAACUCCUAUGUACUUGAGGAAAAACUUUCGAGGCACACCUUUCAACACACAAUUUGUUACGGCCAUUUAUUCCCUGUACCAAUAUUUUCUCUCAGAGAAAGAAUUUGGAGGGCCUCUUAUAGAUGUUUGUAAAGUCCGAGAGAGAGUAUCCCAAGCCUUGCACAUCAGCAAAAGGAUGGUGACUGAUUGCAAACAAAAAAUUGAUACGGCUAUGGCAAGUGGGAUUCCCUUUCACACACCAAAAAGAACACGAAAUAAACAAUGGAAAGCUAGAAAUGUGGACAAUUUCACUAAAGCAGCUAUAACGAACUUAAUUCAUCAAACUGCCCUGACUGGUCGACUGGUCACCAUUAAAGAGUUGUUGGAGUUGAUCAGACAGCGAAGUAUUGCCUACCAUGGUGGACUUUCAACACUCCGCAAAAUAGUUCGUAACCUGGGCUUCAAAUAUGCAAGAGUGAAUGGCCGCAGAGUAGUGUGUGAAAAACCGUCAGUGGUAUUAAAAAAAAUCGCCUUUCUGCGGCGUUACAACGAGCUCCAAGAUUUUGAUUUUGAUCUAAUCCGAGGGGGCAUCAACUUCGACUAUUCACGGUGCACCCGCUGGUUAAUAUCUAAUAGGUAUUCAAGUGAUAUUUGCGAAUAUUCACAAGAUAUUCAAAAUAUUCAUCGAUAUUCAUCGAUAUUCAUCAAUAUUCAAGGACAUUAAUCAACAAUCACAGUGAAUAUUCACUGGUAUUCAGUGAUAUUCACUGGUAUUCAG